AUGACACAUCCUAAACGUGUUUCGAAAGACGAUAACUUCGAAAAUGUUAAUAAUUACAGUUUACAGAUAAACCGAUGGUUCCUCGAGCCGAUUGGAGCUUGGCCGCAAAUGAACACGUUGAGCACGAUUAAGAGAAUCACCGUAUUAAUACAGAUUUUCAUAUGCUCGAUGAUAGUGGCAAUAAAUGCAGUGCCGUGCAUGCUCUACGUGUCACUUGAGAAGGAAAGUUUCAAGAGCAAAUUGAACGUUCUCUGCCCACUAUUACACAGGAUUACAGGUACGAUCAAUUAUUGCGUGCUGCUCCAACGCAGCAAAGACAUUCAAGAUUGCAUACGACACAUGGAGAUGGACUGGCAAAUUGUACAGAGAAUAAACGAUCGAGAAGUGAUGUUGCAACACGCUAAGGUGGGCCGCUUUAUAUCAGGAAUCUGCGCGGCCUUCAUGCAAGGAGGCGCGAUACUCUUCGCAUUAGGCAAAGCGAUAAAGACUACGACCUUUAUGAUCAGCAAUGAAACUUAUACGAUGCAUCCAUUGACGUGUCCAGCGUACAGCAAGAUUAUCGACACGAGAUUCAGCCCUAUAAACGAGAUCAUGUUAACUGUGCAAGUUAUAUCUGCAUUUGUAGCAAGCUCUUCUACGGUGGGAAUUUGCGGUUUCGCUGCUGUUUUUGCAAUGCACGCUUGCAGUCAGCUCAAUGUAUUAUAUACGUGGCUGAAUGAACUUGUAGAUGACCAAGAUAAAGAACCCUGUUCGGUCAAUAAAAAGUUAGCUAUUGUCGUGGAACACCAUUUGAGAAUUCUAAGUUUUAUAGCACGUAUGGAGAGCAUUAUGCAUAAAGCUUGUUUCGCGCAAAUGAUGGGAAGUACGAUAAAUAUGUGUUUAUGUGGAUAUUAUAUUAUUAUGAACUGGGGUUCAGGAGAAUUUCAUCUUACGAAAAUAAUAUCAUAUAUCAUUUCAUAUUUAUCUAUGUGUUUUAAUAUAUUUAUAUUUUGCUACAUCGGCGAGGUCUUGACAGAACAGUGCAAACACGUCGGAGAAAUGACAUAUAUGACUAACUGGUAUAAGCUACCUCAUAAAACUGCACUUUGUCUCAUUUUAAUAAUCGCACGAUCGAGUAGCUUAAUUAAGAUAACUGCCGGGAAAUUAUUUCAUUUAUCUAUUGCAACUUUUGGAGAUGUAAUGAAAACUUCUAUAGUGUACUUAAAUUUCCUGCGAACAAUGACUACAUAAAAUGUAGCAAAAUAGGAAUUGUGCGAUGCAUAUUUUGUAAAUAUAGAACAUAUCGCAUGUUUAUCAGACAGCGAAUAAUUAUUUAAUAAACAGGAUUGUGAUUAUAUAACGCACACAGAAGCUUUUUCUACAAC